ACAGGGACAAAAUGGUCGGAGUCAGCUCGAGUAUUCACAAUCGUAAACUCAUGUGACCAAACAAUCUGGCCAGCGAUAACACCCGGAGAAAACUUCAACGGCGGAGGAUUCGAGCUCAAACCGGGCCAAUCCAUAGUCUUCAACGCGCCAGUAGGCUGGUCAGGUCGAAUAUGGGGACGAACCGGCUGCAAUUUCGACAAAACCGGAACCGGAACAUGCGAAACCGGUUCAUGCGGCUCGACCCUAAAAUGCUCAGCCUCCGGAAAACCACCAGCUUCACUCGCCGAGUUCACGUUAGCCGCAUUGGAUUUCUACGACGUGAGUCUCGUCGACGGGUUUAAUCUUCCGAUGUCCGUGACUCCGAUGAACGGAAAGGGAAACUGUAGUGUCGCCGGCUGUGUGGCUGACCUGAGAUCAAAGUGUCCGCCGGAGCUUGCCGUGAAAUCUAAGGGGAAAGUGGUUUCGUGUAGGAGUGCUUGUGAUGUGUUCGAUAGAGAUGAGUAUUGUUGUAGAGGAGUUUAUGGGAAUCCUGUUACGUGUCGACCAACAAAUUACUCGAAAAUGUUCAAGGAAGCUUGUCCUACUGCUUAUAGCUAUGCUUAUGAUGAUCCGACCAGUAUCUUCACUUGUUCCGGCACUGAUUACGUCAUCUCUUUCUGUUCCUCCAAGAAGAAGCCGGUGUGUACGUACCAUGAUAACAAGUUGGCAUGCAGCGAUGGUUCUGGUUCAGGUGGAUUCAGGACGAUGACUGGGAGAUUGUGGCUUAUAUUGAUGUUGUCUCUUUUUGCUUUUAUCUACUCUUAGUUCUUUUUUUUCGAGGAAAAAUCCUCAGGUCACGAAGCCACGUUAAAUUCAAAGAUAAAAUGUC